AUGUAUUUUAUAUUAUAUAUACUACUAAUCAGUGAUACUGCCACACAGCCCCUAACCAACAGAGAUGAUUCGCUACUCCGGAGGUGUCCUGGUGUCGACCAUCAGUUAUUACAGAUUCUACGCAUCGAGAACUCAGAUUUACGGAAACAGCUGUCGGUCUACAACAGUAAGUUACGAAACUUCCAACAACAGAUGGAAUACUUGCAGACAAUAAUUCACGAUUUAAGUUAUAAAUAUGAAACGCUCAACGCCGUGUUCAUGGAAACUGGAACGCCAAAAUUGCCUGAUGUUUCCCCAGAUCAGCCCAGGGAUCCAGGAACAACAGUCGGAGAGCCAAAUACAGAACAGAGGCCAUCAAUUGCGUUCUAUGCUGCCGUGAGCGUGGAUACAGAAACAAAUCCAGUUGUAUUUGAUAAAGUUUAUCUAAACGAAGGUGGUUGCUAUGACAACACAACCGGUGAGUUCACAUGUGGUGUCAGUGGCGUGUACCACAUCACGUGGUCUGUGGAGACGUUCGGAGAAGAGGAUGUCGGUACUAUAUUGGAUGUGAACGGAAAGGAGUUCGGAUAUACUUGGACGGAUUCACAGGAUCAACAGUAUGAUACAAGUACAAGUGUAGCAAUAUUGAGACUCAACGCUGGUGACGUCGUUAAGGUUACACUUCAAUCAGGGUCAAAGGUCGACGCUCGUCAAUCUGUGUUUACGGGUCAUUUCCUCUUUCGAUAG